AUGUCGGAGGGGACAAAUAUUUCAACAUGCAUGCUGUCCAUCUUUGCAAGGAAUUCCAGCGAAUGCCACAACUUGCCUUUCCCUUUCAUCGUCUUCUCUAUCAGCAUCAACCUGAUUCUCGGUUUCCCGGCGCACUGUUAUAUCGUGUGGCUGAGCAUGAAAGAAAUGAUCCGAGGACAGUCGCCCGAAGUCUUCAUUUUCAAUUCUUCACUCGUUGAGGUCAUCUUCAACUUCUGCUUCCCUUUCGUAAUCAAGCAGUAUUUCUUUCAUUGCUCCAAUUGUAAGACUGUAGCAUUGGGGUUUGGUCUGUUUCUGUUGGUCGGCCGUCCUCUGUUUCAGACCUGCAUCUGUGCGGAGCGAUACUUAGGGGUUCUCCAUCCUGUGACCUUCCUGAAGCUCAAACCAAUUAAAUACAGGUUCAUCAUAUGCGUCAUCGGAUGGAUUCUGAUCAUCUGUUCAUGUCUUCUCAGUACAAUGGGACUCGUUGACAUCUUUGACUUACUUUUGCCACAAUACCUCAUCUUUUUCAUCACGGAAAUGUUGACUUGUCUGAUGGUCCUGAAGGCUCUGAGGCGUCCUGGACCGAGUGACAACGUCAAGCAGAGAGAUGGAGUGAACCGGGAUAAAGUCAAGGCUUUCCGGAUCAUUCAGAUUGUGCUGGUGUCUUCACUGUUGACGUAUGGUGUGAUCAUGACUUGUCUGAUGGUCCUGAAGGCUCUGAGGCGUCCUGGACCGAGUGACAACGUCAAGCAGAGAGAUGGAGUGAACCGGGAUAAAGUCAAGGCUUUCCGGAUCAUUCAGAUUGUGCUGGUGUCUUCACUGUUGACAUUUUAA